AUGGCCAGGGAAGUAGAGUCUGGAGAAUGCACAGUUACAUGUGGGAUUGGCAUUCGAGAAGUUCUGUUAACGAGGGGAUGCCCUGGAACUGAGAAAAAAUGUGUUGUCCGUGUGGAGGAGUGCCGGGGGCCAGUGGACUGCGGAUGGGGAGAACCAGUUUCUGACGGCUCUGGCAGUGUGAAGAUGCCUUGUAUUUUUAUACCUCCUGAAAAUCGAUUUAAGUAUAUUUGGAAGAUAUUAAUCGCAGACCAGCCAGCAGUCACUCUUCCCAAUGAUUCAGCUAUUUUGGAAGUACGCAGAGAUACCCGCCCAGUUACUUUCCAGUGUGAAACUCAAGAAAGGGGAAUUACAAUUGCCUCUGUAAAAUACACGAUCUACACUACACCUGGACAAGAAAGAAGACCACGAAGGAAGACAAGGGCAGAAAUAGUUCUGAUCUUUUCCGUGGCAACUGGAGUCAUUGUGGUUAUUGGUGUGAUCUUUGUAUUGGUCUUCGUAAUUCUUCACCGGUAG